AUGCUUAUUUGUUACAUUUUACACUUGAUUAAAUUUUUUUUUAUAAGAUUGAUCAAGUUGAUGAAAUCUAAUUUUCAGAGGAUGGGACUUAACUUUAUGCUGUAAAUUAACUCUUAUUAUAAAUAGAUGAGAAAAAGUGUUAUUUAUUAAUUAUUCUUGUAAAAUCCUAAAGUACAAUUACUUGAAUUGGUUGAAUAAUAAAGCAAAAUCAAAAAUAGUAGAAUUCUAGCAUUUAAGUGCUGGAAUCAAGGAAUUUUAGUAUUAACAGAUAAAGGAUAUUUCAAGUAUCUUGAAGUUCAAAAUAGUUAAUAAAUCCAUAAAAUUACAAUAUACGAUGGAAUUGGAGUUAUUAUGAUUAUGAUAACAUUGUUUUCAAUAAAAGUAAAUUAUUUUUGA